UGGAUGUACAAUAGGGAGUGGUAGGGAUUACAAAAAUCUGUUUCUUCCUCGUAUUUUUUGGCGUUUCAUUAACACAGAGGAACCCCGUUGGAGUUUGGAGCCGCAGGUCUGUAAGGGUCCGUUUCAUUAUCUCUGCUUUGGUACUCCGGACAUGCUCACGUGGCAGUCAUGUCAGUCUGCCCCACCCCCCACGGCCUAUGGUUAUGGCUUCAUUCCGCACCUCUCUGCCCCAUUCCCCUGUCUCUAUCUCUCUCUAAACCAAUAAUUCCGGCCAGUUCUUGUCACUCUCCGGCCACCACCACCCCCUAACUUUUUCACCUUUAAAUAUACCCCACCCCCUUUUUUCUCUUUCUUCCCUUCUCUAUAAUCAUUCUUUGGGUACAAUCCCUUUCUUGUUCUUGUUCUUCUUCUUUUUCUUCAUGUUUUGGGGUUAUAGCGUACUUAGCAGCAGAAAAGAGGCCUUUUUUUGGUUCUUGGGGGUGGGAUUUCCUUUGAAUUUAAGGAUUUCUUAGUUUGUCUGAGGUGGGGUUUUGAUUUUUUUUCAUCAUUUUCCUUGAAGAAAGAUGAACAGAGCAUUGCCGGAGAUGUUGCAGUGUUUGAACACUGCCGGGGACUGUCCUGAUAAUCUCAGUGUUCUUGAGAGGCAGAGGGGUCGUUUGAAAUUCCAGCAAGAUCAGCUUUUGCAGCAGAGCUGUUUCAAUAGGGUUGAUUACGGCGGCGGAUUUCCGCCGCCGGGGGUUGUUCCGGCGGAUCACCUCACGGGGUUUCCGGGGUUCAUGAGUGGCGGUGGCAGCGGUGGUGGGAUGUCACUUGUUGAGAUUGUAAUGGGGGCAGUGAAGCCUGACCCUGGGGGGUUAGGAGGCAAGUUUGAUCCCUCUCUGUUGUUGAAUGCCACGGCUUAUGAACUCAAUUCUUCUCUCUCGAGAACCUCCAGCUGCCCGCCGGCAGUGACUCCGGCUGUGUCGGCCGCCAGAAGAGAGAGCUUCAAGAAAAGAAAAGCUGAGAAAGUUCACACCACCACCACCACAACCACCGCUGCCGCCGCCCCCACCAACAACAAGAACAAGGGGGACAAGAACAGCAAAGAGAAACGGAUCAAAACAAGUUCAGAAGAAGAAGAGUUAUCCAAAAACAACAACUCAAGCACCACAACAAACAACAACAGAGAAACAUCAGCUGAUACCUCAAAAGAAAACUCCAAAGCAUCAGAGGUUCAAAAGCCUGGUUACAUUCAUGUCAGAGCAGGCCGUGGCCAAGCCACUGAUAGCCACAGCUUAGCAGAAAGAGCUAGAAGGGAAAAAAUCAGUGAAAGAAUGAAGUACUUGCAAGAUUUAGUACCAGGAUGCAACAAAAUCACUGGAAAAGCUGGAAUGCUCGACGAGAUUAUAAACUAUGUUCAAUCUCUUCAAAGACAAGUUGAGUUCUUGUCCAUGAAAUUAUCGACUGUCAAUCCAAGGUUGGAGUUCAAUGUAGAUGAUCUCUUCACCAAAGAGGUUUUUCCCCAGGCGAUCGGCGAAAUGUCAUCGGAGAUGACAGAUCCUUCUUCCUAUUUACAAUUCAAUCCAAACAAUCAACAAGUAGUUUCGUGUUCUGGAUUAGAAAUCGGAAUCAAUACCUCUGAUAUCGCACUUCGAAGAUCAUUCCCAGAAAAUUUCGUGGAUUCAUCAUGCCUCACCGUAAGUUCUCAAAUCCUUUUUCCUUCGAUUCUCCGCCAUUUUCGAUUCAGUUCAAAUCGUUUCAAGUUCUUGAUAAUAUCGAUCAAUCGAUGCAGCAAUUUCAAACCUCUUCGGGAUGGGACAUGGAUUUGCAGAAUCUGUACAAUGUGGGUUUCGAUCAAGGCCGAUCAUCAAACGCCUUUUUAUCUCAUCCAUAUACAGGUACCAUUGAAGGAGGUAACAUAAAGAUGGAAAUGUGAAGUAGCUAGGUAGACCCUAGAUCCAUCCAUCUCACAAAUUCAAUAAAAUAAUAAUAAUAAUUAUUAUUAUUAUCCUAUGAUCAUUUUGCUUUCACUUCCAUAUAUAUAUAUAUAUAUAUUUUUUUUCUUUUCUAAAGUAAUAAUUAGCCCAUAUAUAA